AUGGCUGCUGCCGUGGUAUCACCGUCAUCCUCGCCGCGGUUGCCCAGUCCACCCCCAAUCGCCGAGGACCAGACGAUGCCAACAUCACCAGGCAUUUCCCUCUACGAAGAUGACGGGAAACUACCUGGCGGCGCCAACCUCGACACCGGCGCGUCGCGGCGUAUUCGUCCGGGGACCAAGAGGGAGGAUAUGGCAGAAGGCCCGCCUCUGGUUGAGCUGCACGAGAUCGAUUCGGCCUUUCAACUCACAGAACACCUCAAAGCGCUACACUACUCACAUACGCACCCAGCUGACGCCAACAUGAUUGUGCCGGUAGGCGUGGAGCUCGCGCGUCAGCUCUCCCAGCCGCCACCCAAUACUGCCAAAGAGAUUUGGCUGUACGAACUGGCCCGCUUUCUCAUUCAAAAGACCAAUGCCAUCAUUGUGAACCUCUUCGCCGACGUGCCACCCUGCAGCCCGACGACCUGCCCUGAGAUGCGAGCCAGCGAAUGGCAGUACUUAUGCGCCGUCCACGACCCGCCCAAGAGUUGCGCUGCGAUCGACUAUUGCUGCCAUACCCUAGAUUGGGCCGCGACUUCUCUAACGAGCAGUAAGAUGUUUCCAUCACGACUCGGUCUCGGCUCGGGCAACGCGGCAGGCGGCAGCGACAAGGUGCUACAGCAGCAGAUGAAGGAAAUCACCAACAUCUUUCGUAGGGUAUACCGAAUUUACGCACAUGCCUGGUUCCAGCAUCGCGACAUGUUCUGGCGUGUGGAGGAAUCUACGGGCCUAUACAUCUUCUUCAAAACCGUGUGUGACGAGUAUGGCAUGAUACAGCCCGAGAAUUACACCAUACCACCGGAGGCUGAGGGACGCCCGCCACAGUCCGAAGAUGAUGUCCAGGAACGGCCUCCGCCACCCGUCAUACUGCGACCCUCGUCCGAGGCCGCUUCUUCCGAGCCAGCGGUGAACCACGUUAUUUCUCUCGGAGAUACCACGAAGAGGCAUACUAGAAUACCUAGUAAUGUGACAAUGCCCGUAUCUACGGUAAUACAAGAGGAAGCAGAAGAGGAGGAGGAUCCGGCGCACUUGGAGACGUCGUCGGACGACGUGAAGCCCAUGUCGCCUCCGGAGGCGCUUCCAGAAAUAGCGAUCGACGCGGCAGAGUCCCCGGAAGUCGACGUGAAGGAAGAGACGCUGGAAAACGCGAUAUCAGGGGACGAUUCAAAGGGAGAUGAGGCGCAAGAGGCGAGCACCGAAACAGAACAAGUUGCAAAGGCGGACGCCCCAGUGCCGACCAUUGCAAGGAGCAAUACUGUUGUACCUCCCUCUGGAAAGACCACUGUCGUGGAGGAGGAGACUCCCCCAGAAGAUGUGAAUGAAGAUACAGAGGGCGACGAAGACGCAGAUGCAGACGAUGUGACAGUCCUCCUCGACGAGCCCGAGCCCAAACCAGACGAACCGGAUGUGGAAGUGAAGGCUGAGAGAGAAGGACCUGCAGAUGUGUCUGAUACAGCCCAAGCUACUGCGGCAGCCGCAGACGGCGACGAAGCCGGGAAGAGCGUUGAAGAUUGA